AUAUAACUUCAUCAGUGGUAAUAAAAGUGGCCAGUAGACAUGAGAUAACCUCGAUACUAAAAUAAUACAAUAUUUUUAGUUACGAUAAUGUAAAUACCUGCGCCAGGGCAACAUCAAGAAUUUUAUUUGUUCAUUUUUCUGUCAUACUUAAAAAUGAAUUUAAGUAAAAGCGAGAAAUUGUUGGCUGCUAAGAAGAAGCUCAGAGAAUUUCAACUGAGCAAGAUGCAAGAUGGUUCUACCAAACAAAAACAACAUCCAAUAAAUUUGUUAUCUUUACAGUGCCAAAAUGCAGAAGUUAAUAAAUCUGAUUCAGAAAUUGUAAAUAUUAUGUCAAUAGCAGAAGCUCCUAACAACAAUGCGCAUGUGGUUAAUGAGGAUCAUCAAAGAAAUGAAACAACACCUACAGCUCCAAUGACAAAUACACAAAAUAUAAUCAAUCAUAAAGAAGUACAUCAUUCUGUGGAAAGAACUAGCAAUCUUUUGCAAGAGACCCAAGAAAUUAAUUCAAAAGUGGAAGCUGAAAAGAAAAUGGAGCUAAAUGACUUUCCAAAAGUACAGAAGGAACAUCUUUUAGAAAUGGCUUCUGCAGUUGAGAAUGUUUUAACCAAUGAUUCUGAAUUGGUAGAAACAAAUUUAGACUGUGAUUUAGUAUGUCGUAAUCAAUUUUUGAGUUCCUAUUUAGAAGAACAGAAAAAGAUUGCUACCAAAUUGCAUAUAGAGCUUAGUUUUGCUCGUAGCAGAAUUUCGGAGUUAGAAACCAAAUUAGAGACAAGAGAAGCAGAAUUUCAAACGCAAUUGGCGCGUGAAUUAAAUCCUUUAAAAGAACAACUUCAAGUUCACACUCAAACAACUGGAAUAUUAAUAGCAGAAAAGGCAGAACUAUCUGCUGCGCUUAAUCAAGCUCAGCAAACUGCUAGACAAAACGCAGAAGAGGUAGAAGAGAUGACGGGGAAGUUAAAAAAUUCUCACGUCCGUAUAAUUGAAUUAGAAAAAGAAGUGACUACUUUAAAAGAUAGUAACGAAGAAUUAAAGAAAAAUGUUCGUGGGUUUCAAUCUGAAAUCGAGGUUUUCGAUAAAAAAUAUUUUGAGCUGAAGAAAGAGAAUGAAGAUUUAGAUUUAGAGGUAUCAGAGUUGAAACAAAAAUUCAAUUUGAAGAAAACAGAAUUAAUUGCUGUCCAACAAGAACUCCAAGAGAAAACAGCGCUACUUUCAUUAAGUGAACUUAGAAUACAACAGCUGAAGGGUACUACACCAACAGAAGAAGAUAAGCAUGCAAUGGUUCUUUUAGAACAAGAAUUAGCACAGGCUAAAGAAUCUCUAAAAAUUAUUAGUACUGAAAAAGAUGAAGCUAAUAAACAGUAUCAAAAUUAUGUUAAACGGUUAGAUACGCAACAAGCUAAAUUGUUAGAUGAGAUAAAAGGUCAAAAUAAAACUAUAGAAGACUUACAAUUAAGAGAACAAAGUUAUAUACAGAGAUUAUCAGAACUUGAGCAACAAGUGCAACAAGAAAGAGAAAAAGUAGAAAACUUAUUACCUUUACAAACUCAGAAGGGUCAAAUUGAUACUUUACUAAAAAAUAUAGACGAACUUACGUUGGAACAAGAACGACUUCAUAUUACACUUUCAGAAAAGGAUUCACAAAUAGAAAUGUUAACAAAAGAACUAAAUGAUUUACGUGAGUUAAGCAAUCAAGAAGCAGAAGUAAAAAAAUUAGCUAAUGCUCUUCAAAGUGAACAAGUAGGAGCAUCCAGAGCAGUUCAUCAAAAUCGACAAUUGAAGGAACAAUUAACUGACAUGGAAAAUGCUUUCGUUUCUCUAAGCAAUGCAAAGUUAGACUUGACUGAACAACUUCAAGGAGAGCGUUCAAUAGGACGAAAAUUAAAUGCUCAAUUAAAUAAGGUAGAAAGUGAAUUAGAAGAACUGAAAGAGAAACUCAAGGAAAAGGAAGCUGCUCUUGAAGAACUUGAAAAAGAAAGACUUCAAAGUGCUCAGAUAGCAGAUCAAAUGCAACAUUAUCAAGCACAGUCGCAUCAUGUUGAUACUUUUCAACGAGAGCUUCAAAAUGCUUUGAUUACCAUAGAAAAAUUAGAAAAAGAAAAACAAGAACUUAUACAUAAAUUACAAGAAAAGAGUCAAGAUAGUACUAUUAACCAAAACGAUUCACAUUUUGUAAACGUAAAUAAUACAUUGAAUCAAGAAACAGAAAUUGAUUCGGGCCGGCAACAAGAAAAUAAUGUUACAGCGAUAGAACCUGUUAAACAACUUGAACAAAGAUUUAAAGAAACGAUGGAACGAGUUGCAGAACUUACGGAAGAGAAACAGAAGCUUGAACACCUUGUUCUACAACUUCAAAGUGAAACAGAAACAAUAGGAGAAUACAUAACAUUAUAUCAGAAACAAAGAGCAGUUCUGCAAAGUAGAGCAAGAGAACGAGACCAGAUGUUUAGACAAUUACUUGAGCAAAGAAAUCAACAGCAAGAGCAAUUACAUAAGUUAAAAAUAUUAGUCAUUGAUUUUCUCAGGAAGGAGUAUAUACAUUCCAAUGGAACUGAACGUCUAAUUGAAACAGAGACGGAUUCGAGUAAUGAUACCGUAACUACAAUGAAAAGUAAAGAAACAGUGGAUAAGCAAAUAGAAAACAAAAAUAUUUCGGAAAUUCUAGAUGUUUUAACAGACAUAAAAGAUUGUAAGGACUCUUGUUUGUUCGAACCAAAUUUCCAUCCAUGCCCUUGGUGUUCUGGUAAACUACUAACAGUAUAAAAAAAUGUGUAUCCUAUAUCUUUAAUAUAAGAUAUUAAUACAGCAUUUUUAAUCGAUAACGAUCUGUAGAAUAUUAUUGUAUAUAAGAUAAAAUUAUACUAAUUAUAAUUUGUAAAUGACUGAUA